UGCAACCACAACGACAGUGGAUCCAAGCGGCAGCAAACACGAUCGCCAACGAAAUGUCGUACCAAGGGCAUUGCAACUGCGAAAGUAUCAAAGUGACGCUUAAAGAACAACCGUCUGAAUCUCUGCUCUGUCAUUGUCAUAAUUGUCGCCGCACCGGUGGACUUUUCUCGGUCAACUAUGUCCUCGAUGAGCCCGAGGCUGUCAUUGACGAUUCUAAUUCUGCACUGAAGGUGUACCAAGACAAGAACACUGCAAGCGGAAACACCGUUCAACGAGGAUUUUGCAGUGGUUGUGGAAGUCCCAUUUUCACCAAAAGCCCGCAAUUCCCAGGCAAGGUGUUGGUGAAGGCGAAUGUGUUCGACAUCACAGCAACGCCGACUACGGAGGUGUUUAGUGUGGGAAGAGAAACGUGGUUGAAGCCAGUGGGAAAUGCUAAGCAGGAGUAGAGCACUCCGUGUAUAUAAUAACAGCGGAUGAUCGCGAUUUGGUUUGAUCGAAAGCUUCAAGCC